UGUUAGAGGAUUAUUAAAAAUAAAUUACAAGAGACAAAAGAGCAAUGGAUAAGAAAGAACAAUUUUCAAUCUUUGAAUGAGGAAAGAAUUCAAAUCCUUUCAUACACCCUUUUUCUGGGAGCUAUGAGUUAAUAGAUAAGUACAGAAUUAGAGAGGAAACUUUUGCACCAAAGAUCCUCAAUAAUUAUGGAGUUGUUGAGCAUUCUUAUCCGCAAUAUAAUAACGAGGAAAUAAUGUGAUCGUUCGAAAAAUUAUCUGGAAAGGCAUUCCAAGAACAAAUAAAUUUGAAUGAAAAAAUUUCAGAAAAGGACUAUCAAGCUCAACUGAAUAAGGCAUCACCAACGAAUGCUAAUAUGGGCGAAGCUUUCGACCCUCUUGAGUUCUUUUGUGAAUCAGAAAAGGAGUACGAAAAUUUUGGCAAUAACACAAAGCCGUGUUUAACGAACAAAGAUUUUCAGAGUAUUCCAGAUCUUCAGCAGGUUAUAGAGCCUGAUCUUCCUCCAAUUCCUAUUAUAAGAUUUGGUAAAGAGGAAUCUCCUGCAAAGUUGGAUACCAAAAAGAAUGUAAGAAUGGAUCAUAAAGAAGAAACCAAGGACUAUUUAGUCUCAAAACACCAAGAAGCAAUUAUCUUGAAAUUUUCUGAAUCAAAUGAAUCUGAGAAAUCUUCCAAAUUUCUCCAAGAGCCAGCUCAAGAGAAGAAACGUACUUUGAACUUGUCUAAAGUGCAAGAAGGACAAGAAGCUCAAAAAGAUGACUUUGAAUGGAACAACUUUCUUGUCCGUAGAGCUUGUUUCAGAGGUCUUAGUGAAUUCUAUAAGAAAAGGUUUAGCAAGAUCAAUAUAUCGUGGCAAAGAAGAAGAGUCAAUAAGAAGAAAAAGACCCCAAUGCAUGAGCUUAUUAAAGAAUUUGCUCGUAACGAGUUCGGCAAAUUUGUUGAUACUCUGGGUCUCGAAGAAUGGACUGAGUUCCGAAAUACUCUAUACAGUGUGCUAUUCUCCCAUCGAUACAAGAAGACUGACGACUUCUUAGAAGGAGUAAACUUCUCCGUAAUAAGAGGCGUGCUGUACUCUUAUACCACUGAGCUCAGAGUAGAGUUGAUGUCAAACCCAUUCUUUUCGAUAAUGAUGCUCAAAUUUUUAGAAAAGGGGAAAUCUAAUUUUCUAAAAGAGAAACUUAAGGGAAAGCCAGUACUCUACUCUGAAGAAGUGAAUUCUGAGCUAGACUCCCUAGAGGAAGAAGCCAGAGGCAUUCUCUCUAACUUUAAAUUUAUCGAAUAA